AUGUUCAAGAGGAUGGCUGAAUUCGGCCCGGACUCCGGAGGGAGAGUGAAGGGAGUUACAAUUGUGAAACCUAUAGUCUAUGGAAAUGUGGCACGGUAUUUUGGUAAGAAAAAGAGAAGAAGAUGGCCAUACUCACCAGUGGACUGUUUAUGUCAAACCAUAUCGUAAUGAGGACAUGUCUGCUUAUGUUAAGAAAAUUCAGUUUAAGUUGCACGAAAGUUAUGGAAAUCCCCUGAGAGUUGUUACCAAGCCUCCUUAUGAAAUUACAGAAACUGGGUGGGGUGAAUUUGAAAUUAUCAUAAAAAUAUUUUUUCAUCGACCCAAAUGAAAGACCAGUCACUCACUUUGUAUCAUUUGUUGAAGCUGUUUCAGUCUGACACAAACGCUAUGUUAGGAAAGAAGACUGUGGUUUCAGAGUUCUAUGAUGAAAUGAUAUUCCAAGAUCCAACAGCUAUGAUGCAGCAACUCUUGACCACGUCACGCCAGUUAACUCUUGGAGCUUAUAAACAUGAAACAGAAUUUACAGAAUUAGAAACAAAAACUAAAGAAAAGGUGGAAGCUGCCAAGAAGAAGACCAGCUUUGAAAUAUCAGAGUUAAAGGAGAGGUUGAAGGCCAGUCGGGAAACCAUAAACUGUUUGAAAAAUGAGAUCAAGAAAUUAGAAGAAGAUGAUCAGUCUAAAGAUAUAUAG